AUGCCGGGCCUCGUCGCCGCCGAGCAGGACGCCGUCUCGCUGAGCGCGGGGUCCUUCGGCGCCGUCGCGGGCUUCGCCAUCGCCGUCGUCUUCGCGUGGAAGUUCCUGCGCUCCUCCUCGACGCCCCGGCCCCGCCGCCCCGCCGCCCCCAAGCGGCCCUCGCCCGCCGGCUCCGCCGCGCCUGCCCCCGACGGCCCGGCCGAGCCCGCCGGCGACUCCGGGACGCUGACGACGCGGCAGAUCGUGGCGAGGCGGCUCGGCGGGUGCCGAAGGGUCACUUGCCAACUAAUCGGUAUCGUAUUUGAGGAGAAAACUCCCGAGGAGCUUCAGAAUCAUGCCACCGUUAAGCCCUCAGUGGUGGAACUACUACUGGAAAUAUCCAAAUACUGUGAUUUUUAUUUGAUGGAAACUGUACUUGAUGAUAAGAGUGAGGAGAAUGCUCUUAUGGCCCUGGAGAAAGCCGGGCUUUUCAAUACUGGUGGCUUGAUGAAAGAAAAGGUACUCUUUUGCAGCAGUGAAGUAGGCCGAACUUCGUUUGUUCGACAGUUGGAGUCAGAUUUCCACAUCGACGCAAGCCUCGAGAUAAUUUCCCAACUAUCUCGGUUCAUCCGGUGCCAGCUAUUCGUUUCCUCCAUGGAAGGAGGGCAGCUCGCAGCCAAUGUAUUUAACUCUCCGAGCCUGGAGCAGUUCUUCUCUUGAGAACGGUAGGGAAAACAUAAGGGGUUCACACCCUAAUAGCACAUCCUUUCAAGCCCCGAGGUGUCAGGCAAUUCCGUGAUGCCAGCUUCGCAGAAGAACCUCAGAAUAUAAAGUGAGGCAGGCAACCCACUGCUGAUCAUGUCACCGCAGCUGUCGCUGGUUCAUUCAGUUGGCCUUGUAGUUGUGCUUGUAGUUAAUAACAAUGGUAAGUUAGACUGAUGAGGUUGAUCAUGGCAGUGCACUGAAGAUGUAAAUUGCAUGCAUGACACAAAGCAAGCAUCAUCCUCUAUAUAAAGAGAACUUUCGUCAUUGGAGCUUGGGCAGUCGUAUCGACUUGUGUGUGUAACUGUAGAUGAUGGUAUUAUGAUCUGCAUUCAUACUUCA